GCCUGCUCUGCCUGCCGUGUCCCGAGGGUUACACCCGCCCGUCCAAGUCGCCGGGUCGUCGCGCCGCGCAUCCGCCACCACCACCGCCACCACUCGAGCCCUUGUUAUAUCGCGGCAGAGCCACGACUCCAGCGGCAGAUCCCCCCAAACGCACAGGCACAGCUCCACGCGGCCCGCUCGAUCACUAGGAGCAGGAGCAGGAGGCAGCAGCCAUGCUCCAGGCCAGCUCGGAGCGGGCGUCGGCGGCGAGGCUGUGGGUGCCGGGGAUGAUCCCGGGGCCGAUGGACACGGUGUCGGCGAGGGCGCAGGAGAUCGCGAGGCGGCGGGAGGAGAUGCUGGGGAUGCUGCACGACCUCCCCGAGUCCGAGUACGAGCUCUCGCUCACCGACCUCGUCGAGAAGGCCGGGGGCGAAGUAGAAGCCGCCGCGCCGCCGUCCGAGGGGAGGGAUGAGCAGCCGGACCUGGUCGCGCGAUCGGCGUCCGGCAGGCCGCCGGCGGGGAGGCCGGACCGGCGGGCGCCCGCGCGGCGGCGGACGGACAGCGGGGGCGUGGCCGGGAGCAGCUUCCGCAGCAGCAGCGACGGCGUCCUUCUCAACUUCUACAUGCCGCGAUCGCUCACCCGGAGCUUCACCGCGCCGCGCCCCAGCCGGACGCCGUCCUUCUCCGGCGGCCGGACCCCCAGCGUCGCCUCCGAGUGCAACAAGAGGGAGAGGGACCGGGACGCCGAGACCGUCAAGUGCUGGUCGUUGCUGUGGGAUCGGCGGUGGUGCAAGUCCAACCGGCGGGACCCGGGCGCGCCGCCCGGCGAGUCCACCAUGCGCGCCGCGUCGGCCGCAAUCCUCAAAGCGGCCAAGCACUCCGCCGCUUCACCAGCCAAAGUCUGAGCAGCGGGCCGAUGCCUGCUUAGUAUUUUUUGUUUCUGUUGCAGGCUUGCAGCUCUGUACAUAUGCUUUUUUUUAAGAAAAAGUACAUAUGCUUUUGUCUGUGAUAUACUGGUACGAUUUCUUUAGCUUGCACCAGUAUAGCCGUGUUCACUUCGGAUUGUGCGUGUAGAACAGAAACUUGGCCUUCCCCAGGCCGCCAAGCGCUCGACUGAAAACAAAUUGGGGAAUCCAA